UCAGUGAAGGUUCAAUUAGUAAGCUUUAUUAGUUGCACUGGUGUCAAUUAGCUGAUGGUGUGUCAGUGAGCAGCUAGAGAGUUAGUGUGUGCAGGUAGCUGCAGUGUCCAGGUGAAUCAUGGCUCGAACUGGGUUUUGUGAUUCCAGGCAACUGUUGGACCUCCAUAUGACUGAGGAAAGACAACUGCCCCUGCGGAUGAGGGCAAACUCCUGUGUUCUGAGGGAGCGCAGGGUGUUUGCUGAAGGAGAAGAGGUGAAGCCUGAGCAGCACCGCAAACCUGCACAGGAGAAUCGAUGGGUUCGGCGGCUUCCCAUAUCUGCAGAGGAUGGGAUCAUAAUGGACUAUGCCCAGCAGAAUGAGUCAACACCUUCAGAUGUCUACGAAGAAGAGGCUUUGCUGAAGUAUUUGCACAGGUUGCCUGGUCCACCUAGUCUGCGAGAACUGAUGCCUGGUCUUCUGCGCAGAGAGGUGGAAGUGGCCAUCAGCAAGCUGGGGCUUCUUUAUGACAAGACCUAUGCUUGGGACAUAUUUUCAGACAUGAUGAGAAGUCAGCUGCUUUGCACUCUCCCAAACGCUGACCUGCCGAGACAUUUUACCAACACCACAAGAGCUAUCUUGGUGGACUGGCUAAUUCAGGUCCAUGAAGUGUUUCAAUUUUCAGAGGAAACUCUGUAUCUGGCGGUACACCUGUUGAAUCGAGCACUGAGACUCAUCAAAGUGUCCAUCUCUAGCCUGCAGUUGCUGGGUGUGGUUUGCCUCUUUCUGGCUGCCAAGAAAGAGGAAUGUCUAUUACCUGAGGUGUCGGAGCUGUGCUAUUUGAUGGAAAACACCUACAGUAAGAAACAGCUGCUGCGGAUGGAGAGGAGAGUUUUAACUGGACUUAAGUUUAAUCUCCAUCACUGUCCCCCUCUUCACUUUCUUCUCAUCUCCGCUUCCGUAGCACGCUGCAGUGACAAGGUGGUGUGGUUGGCACGAUACCUAUUGGAGCUGUCGCUCCUGGAGGGCCAGUGUGUGGUGUAUCUGCCCGCUCAGCUGGCAGGUGCUGCCCUCUGUCUAGCCCGCAGGGUCAUCCAGGAAACCCCCUCUCAUGAGGGCGAGACGGCCUGGUGCAUUGCGUCCAGUAUUCAUAUAGGCAGUGAAGCCACUCUAUUCAGUAUAAUGCAGAUCAUGGCCAUGGCAGCAGUGAGAGCACACAGCUGUGAGACCCGUGCCACGUUCAUCAAGUUCUCCACAAUACAAACACUUCAUGUCAGCAUGUUUCCUGGCCUUGAGACGGCCCCCAGCCUACUGGGCCCGCCGUGUCUCCAGACAUGA